CCCGUAGCCAUGUUGGCUCAAGGGCCCGUGUCAGAUGAAGUUAUCCGCCGCGUUAGUGUUUUUGGGCCAUGUGCGGAUUGAUACAUGGGCAAUGGGUGAAUCAAGUUCUAAUUCAACGGAAAGGGGUGCAAGACUGUGGCUUCAUGUGGGCCCCCACAAAACUGCUUCGACAACAAUUCGGAAACAACUUGAAGCUUGGCAGACUCUAACAAGUGACGGCUGGACGUGGGAAGACCCUGCGCAGUUCGGGCACAUUAUGCAUGUACGAAUGACUCAAAUCGCGAAUGUUGCAGAGUGUUAUCUGUCGUCCCAGUCCAUGUGCAGGGACUACACAGAAACACUUUGUUCAGAUUGGCUGCACUUUCUUGACCAGCUCAAAGGGACUUCAAAAAAUGGUAGUGAUGUCUAGUGAGCGUUUCGACCAGAUCAAUGACACCAGCGUCGCACAGCUCGCGUUUGACUUAAGCUACAUCAGUACCACCAUCGUGAUGGUUUACCGACCAUUUUACGAUUGGAUCGCAAGUUGGUAUCGGCAGCUCAAGGCUCACGGGCAGGUUGAAUUGACCUUCGCAGAUUGGCGAAGCGUUUCACAGAUGGAGCACUACGCGUACAACUACUCGUUCACGACUUCUCUACAUAGUCGCUACGCCGCUCAUUUUUCUGCUGUGAAGGUGCACGUGAUGGGCCCCGAUAAGAUGACCGAUAUUGUCUGCGAUGACUUCAAUGCUGCGAACACGUGCGCGACGUCUAGGAAGGCCAAAGUGAUGAAGCUAAACGUCAGAGCAGAAUCUUCGCCACAUGAAUGCCUCAGUUCUCUGCAGCUGCAAACGCUGAGAACUAUAUCCAUUGAGUUGCACCGAGCGGCGUACGGUAUCUUGGCAUCUUCAAGUUUCCCCGCAUCAGAUUUCGAUGCCAAGGCCAGGAUUUGUUUCGGCAAUCCCUUUUAGAUCAAAGACACCCACCCUCGCGUUGGCGAGUUGUGAGGCGCUGUAGCUACUAGGGGUCGGCCAAAUCGCUGUUUUCGGUAAUCUCGUGGGUCGUUUUCAUUUUCUGCUCAGUUCUGACGACGACGAAACUAAAUCGCAAAAUCGGCCGACCCUUGGCUGACGUUUGCCUGAGCUGUAGCUACCUUAACUUGCGCUCAGUUGGGCUCCCGCUCGGGACGCCUUUCGGAGCUCCUGUGCUGAACGUGGUCCUCCGUCGGGAUCUGUGCGCGUUUC